AUGGCACAGUACUCGGGGCAGCCUCAGGAGCUGCAUGCCAACACCUCACACCUGGGGCCAGGUGUGGCUGCUCUGCUGGACAGGAGCAGUGACUUCACCCUGGGCCUGAACAUCUUCUCUGGCGCUCUGCAUGCUGGGCCUCCCAACCUCUCCCUGAUGCCAUGUGAGCUGGAUCCGCUGGGCUCCCUACCCCUGGACACCGAGGGGCCUGCAGCUUGGGGUAGCCUUCUGGAGCUGGCCCUGUCACUGGUACUGCCUGUGGUGUACGCCCUCAUCUGUGGCUGCGGCAUCCUGGCCAACGGGCUGGUGAUCUCCAUCGUGCUGAGCUGCAAGCACAAGCUGGUGUCGGACGUCUACAUCCUGAACCUGGCCGUGGCUGACCUGCUCUUCCUGGUGGGGAUGCCCUUCAUCAUCCACCAGCUUGUCCAGGAGCAUGGCUGGAUAUCUGGAGACUUUCUGUGCCGUGCUGUCACCACCCUUGAUCUCAACAACCAGUUCAGCAGCAUGGCCAUUGUCACCUUGCUCUGCGUGGACAGGUACGUGGCAGUGGUGUACUCAUCCACAGUGGGCCAGAAGCGGACGCUGUGCUGCACGUCCCUGAUCAAUGCCGGCGUGUGGGCCAGCAGCCUGGUGAUGGCCACGCCAGCCAUGCUGUACGCCCGGGUGCAGCGGGACAACCAGACAGAGCUGUGCCUCAUGGAUCUGCCAGGCCCCAGUAGCCUGUACUGGUACACGCUCUACCAGUCACUGGCGGCCUUCCUCCUGCCAUUGCUGGUGAUCACAGUUCUGUACUCCCUCACUCUGCACCACCUGUUCCGGACCAUGCACCAGGCACAGCGAUGCUGCUCGGCCCGCAGCCGGCGAGUCACCCGCAUGGCGCUCACCAUCAUCACUGCCUUCCUCAUCUGCUGGACACCCUUCCACGUGGUGCAGCUGGUCAACCUGACGGCCACCCCCUCCACUGCCUCCUUCUACCUGAACCAGCUCACCAUCUGCCUCAGCUAUGCCCAUAGCUGCAUCAGCCCCGUCCUCGUCCUCUUCUGCACCGAGUUCUUCUGCGAGCGGAUGGCCUACUCUAGGUACUACAGAUUCAUCACCAGGUGGAGGGCGCUGCAUGCAGACACUGCCCUGCCCAGCCAGAAGCUCACCUCUACCGUCUACAGCCCACAAGUGGGCAAUGCCAUGGCCCAGCGCUGCCGGCGCCCCUUCGGCACCAAGCAGCUGCCAUGUUCCAUGACCGAGGCCAGUGUCACCAUCAAUGGGCAGGAGGAGCAAAGUGCCGUCUAG